AUGGCCUCUAACAAGGACCGUGCUAAGCUCAACGAAGCUUCCAAGGCGUCCGUGGCCCAGAGUCGUGCAGCCAGUGCUCUCGCGACCACUACUCGCACCAGAGAUCUUGGGCAAGGCAGUGAACAUGGCACCAAAGAAGCCUCGAGGGACCCGAAAAAGGAACCGACGCCACCCUACACGGUCUCACUGCAAGACGGCAAUAGAGCAGCGGCUAAUGAAAUCGACGCUGUUGUCGUCCAAGAUGCCGAAGAUAUGAUAGCCUCGAAUACCGAGGAGAGAGAGGAAAGCGAACAGCAGGACUCCCCACAAGACAGCCAAGAUUCGCAGGAGCAUAAUCGGGAACGCCUUGACGAGUCCAAGGAUGCCGACGCUUCGAAUGCUCUGGGAAGGUCUCCACCGAACGCGUCUGAGCCAGGACGUGACCAUUCAGAGACGAUGGAGCACGAUUCCAGCGGUGCUGACGUGCAAGCAGCUGGUUCCAAGACACUGGUGCCAGAAUUCUCCAGAGAGGACGAACCUGUCGAAACGACCGAUUCCGCGCAAGGUGCACCUACAACAGAUUGGAAACACCAGGCAUCGAAGACGACGUCCCUGGCGAAGCCGUCAAGCGCGUCGCGAAAUCAAAGGAACAAAGCUGCGCGCGGUGGGCGAACUCCAUCUUUGUCAGGCCAGCUCGAACAGCAUCCAGCUAUACCGUUGUCCGGUCGGGAAUUGGUAGACCAGGGCGAAGACACCGCCGAGCAAGAAAUCGCCGAGAAAGGUAAAAUCUCGCUGCCAACUACCAAGUCUGCAGGAAGCUCAACGCCCCGCGGCAGUGCGCGAGAUUCUCGCAAAGGCAUUGUCAACACCGAGGUUGGUGCCGGAGGGCUUUCCGAAACACCCACUGCUCGGGCAACGUCGUCAAAGUUGAGGCCACCUCCCGCGCAUUGGCGUCAAAGCGAGUCUUCGGAGCACAGCGACCUCUCCGAGAGGGGUUCGGAGGGCUGCCGUACGCCCACUACUUCAGCUGCGUCUGGCCUGCAGCUGAAGGAGCACGUGUUUGAUCCGCCGUGGAUGAAGCAACGGCCACGCCGACAAUCCAAAUUGCUGCCACUGUCAUUCGGGUCGCGCGGAAACACUGCCGCGGUCUUGACGACCUCGACGUGGGCGCGGGGGUCACACCUGCGCUUCGGAGAACGCCGCAACGGCUCCAGACGCUCAGAGGCAUUCGGAAGCCUGCAGAGCCCACCGCAAUUCCUCUCGACCACGACGCAAGGAUUCUUCACUGAGAAGGGUGACAGGGGUGUGAAGGCUUUCCUCAAGAACCAACCAACGGGCGCCAUCUUGUGCGUUCUGCUCCUUCUAGCGGCGGGGAUCGCCUUGAUUCUGCUACUGGGUGUCUUCGGAGGUGGCGUUGGCGAUAGGCGGCGCGGCUCCGCCGCCGUAUGUCGCACGGAACCAUGCCGCGAAUACUCGCACCGCCUAGCGGUGACCUUGAACUCCUCGUUUAAUCCGUGCGAAGGCUUCACGCGCUUCGUGUGCGGUGGAUGGCGUCGUCAUAACCAACUCUCCGUACGCCAGAUGGCGUUCCUGUCCGAGCUGCGCCGCAUGUCCUACCUGCUACGUUCGGUGCCCGUUCCGCACAAGACGCAGAAGCCACUACAGAGGGCGGCCGCUUUCUACCGCAGCUGUGACGCCGUGCGCAGCGGCGAUGCCGACGAGCUGCCGAAGGUAAAAGCGGCUCUUCUCCAUGCCGGCGUAACUUGGCCCCGACUGCCCAAAGGCUCGGACCCAGUAGAUCUGCUUCGAACUUUGCUGCACGUGUCACUGAGACUCCGGUGGAGUGCGGUGCUCCACGUGUCCAUCAAGCGCUACCCGAAUGCAACCGUCGUCACACUGGCUCCGCUCCGAGAAAUCGAGCGCAUCGUGGAGAAGCACCGAAAGUUGGCCAAGAAUGUCCGAGCAGCCGAGGUCUACUUCGAAACACUCAGGCGGGACUUCGGCGGCACAGCAGGGGAGACUCUCAAUUUUCUGAACCACGUCAAGCUCCACAACACCUACAUGGUCCCUCUAGCAGGGGCACUGAAUCUCUCUAAAGGUUCUCGCGCGCUCGAAUCGGUCGAUGUGUUCAGCGUGGUGCCGGAACUCAGCAAAGAACGCUGGAUGACGGAGCUGGGACGGUACGGUAGCAUGUCGGGUCCCUUGGUCUUUGAGACGAGCAAGCCCGGCUACGUUACGACCUUUCUGAAACUAUGGAAAGCGAACGGUGAACGGGGCAUGCACACGUUCUACUCCUGGUCCACCGUCCAGACCGCAGCACUGUUCGCCAACCGACGGCUACUAGUCAAUUUCUACGGUUGCGAAGACUGCGCGGACCUACACCAUGGCGCCUUUUGCUUGAGCAAGGCGUACCUGCUUGGCGGCAACCAGUUGUUCCUCGAUUACUUCGACGAGCUCCUCUCUGAGCGAGCUGUCAACUCGGCGAGGCGUGUGGUGGCCAACACUUUCAAAGCGUUCGCGCAGCGAAUCGACAAAUGGCCGUACCGGGACCUAAAUUACACCGUGGUCCGGGACUGGGACACCGCUACCGACGUGGCCCUCGGAUACUUUGACCCUCACUCCGGGUUGCGGACGCAAGUGACUUGCGCACAGCAGGCCACGGCGCCGGUACUCAACCCGGGCGAUAUGGACGACUCUCUGGUCGAGAACUGGCAGUCGAUCGCUCUGCAACUCGCGGACGAACGCGAUCGCUGGGCUGCUUCCGAGCAGAUCGAGUUCGCCGAAUGGACUGUUCUACUUCCUGCUGACUUCCUGGCUGUGCUUCCGUACGGACUGUCCUUUCCUUCGUUCGAUGAGAGUGCCACGCAGUUCAUAAACCAAGGAGGCCUCGGGAACCACGUGGCUUCGGCGCUGAGCGAGCUCUUCUUGCAGAGGUACGCGGAUUCACCCGGUACUGCCAUCUCCACCUUGCAAUGCGCCACCAACGCCAACCGCUCCGGCGACAGUGACUCUUCGGUCAGGAGGAGUGGGGACAAUGACGAGUAUCUCGAAGGAUUCGGUGGUUACAGUGCCACCGCUAUGUUCUUUGUUGCCUCGUGCUACGUCCUCUGCGGCGGUCACGACGGAGUACGCUACUCCACUGGCGACGAGUGCGACGAGCCGUUCCGCAACGUGAAUGGCUUUGCGAAUGCGUUCACUUGCGAGCUUGGGAGCCCGAUGAACCCUAUUGAUAAGUGUGGUUUUACGUGA